AUGUGGUUGGUCACAACCGUAUUCGGUCGCGUUUUCAUCGAAGAUCAGCUGAUUUCUGUAAACGUUGAUUGGGUUCUGGACGUGUUGUACCAGCAAAACAGGCUGGAGCGGAAGGCAGCCUCCACCAAGGCCGCGUGGCAAGAGCGACUAGCAGGGUGGCAGGAGGAGGAGGAGGCUCUGUGGGCACCACACCCACCGCCGUCGUUGCCGCAACCGCCAUUAAUGCAGCCACCGCUACCGCAGCCACAGACGCCGGUGCCGCAGCCGCAGCCACCGUUGCCGCCGACACCACCGCUGCCAUCGCAGCCACCACCACUACCGACGCCGCAGCAACAGGGGCAGCCGACGCCGCAGCCGCCGACGCCGGCGCCACAACAACAAGAGCAGCCGAGGGCACCGCCGUUGUCGAAGCCACAGCCGCCCAAUCAUCAUCCACAGCAAAACAGGCUGGAGCGGAAGGCAGCCGCCACCAAGGCCGCGUGGCAAGAGCGACUAACAGGGUGGCAGGAGGAGGAGGAGGCACUGUGGGCACCACACCCACCACCGUCGUUGCCGCAACCGCCAUUAAUGCAGCCACGGUUACCGCUGCGACAGACGCCGGUGCCGCAGCCGCAGCCACCGUUGCCGCCGACACCACCGCUGCCAUCGCAGCCACCACCACUACCGACGCCGCAGCAACAGGGGCAGCCGACGCCGCCGCCGGCGCCACAACAACAAGAGCAGCCGAAGGCACCGCCGUUGUCGAAGCCACAGCCGCCGUUGCCGCCGUUGCCGCCGGUGCAGCCACAUCCACCACGCACACCGAUACCGCCGCUAGCACCACCGCCACCGCGCGCACCGACACCGCCACCCCAGGAUGAGGAGUGGCCCCGGUGCAAGCGGCUACAGUCCUGGGGCGUGGACCAGGCGCACGUCGCGCAGACGCUUCGCACGAUCGGCAUGGGCGGCCGCCGGUGGCACCAGCAGACGUUGACGUGGACUUGGGACGCACCAGCGGAGGACACGUCGGAGGUCCGCGGUCGGUUGGAGGCCGGUCGAGCAGCGAGCGCGCGAUCCGCGAGUACGCGUCCAGACGAAGGACGAAAGCCCGGCGGAGAACCCGGAAAAGGGUCCGUGUGUGUGGCCCGUGCCGCCACCACCAAAACCGGCACGGCAGGAAUCGUGCCCUGCGGCUCGACAGCCGCCGGAGCGACCCUGCCUGCAGGCAGGAGACGCUGA